UAUGUUUAAUAUAGUUUUUAGUAAAUGUAAUGAGCGACGGUGGAGUUACACUCUGAACUAAAGCUUUAAGAUGAAUGUUUUCAGCUGCUAAGUGGUGCAGUAUUUAGGGUGAAGAAGUUUGUAGCUUUCAGGCUAAACCUAACAGAGAGGAUGGCAGGACCGUUGCUGGAAUAUGAAACAGAAAUGUUCUUAAGCCUCUUCAGCACGGAUGGCUUGUUGAUCACAGCAGAAGGACUCGGUAUUGACAGGAUUUUAUUACAUUUUAUGAAGAUUUAUUCUGAAGAAGGAAGUCUGGUGCUGCUGCUGAACACCACCACACCAGAACAGGAGUUCUUCACUGCGCAGCUGAAAGCAGAAGGAGUGAGCCACCUUCCCCGCACCAUCACCAGUGAUGUACAGAGCAAUGAGCGAUAUAAUGUGUACACUCAGGGGGGAGUCCUGUUUGUGACUAGCCGCAUCCUGGUGGUGGACUUCCUCACAGACAAAAUCCCUGCUCACCUUAUCUCAGGAAUCCUUGUUUACCGUGCACAUAAGAUCAUCGAGUCCUGCCAGGAGGCCUUUAUUUUGAGACUGUACAGGCAGAAGAACAAGACUGGAUUCAUCAAAGCCUUCACAGACAAAGCCACUGCUUUCUCCACUGGUUUUUGUCAAGUUGAACGAGUUAUGAGAAACCUUUUUGUGAAGAAGCUUUUUCUCUGGCCCAGGUUUCAAGCCUCAGUGAACACUGUACUGGAGAGACACAAGCCUGAUGUAGUAGAGCUGCAUGUACCGCUAACUCCCACCAUGCGGGCGAUCCAGAGCUCAGUUUUGGACAUCAUGAACGCCUGUUUAAAGGAGCUCAAGCGCUAUAACCCCACUUUGGAGGCAGAGGACCUGUCUCUGGAGAAUACACUUGGCAACGCCUUUGAGAAAACCAUUCGGCAUUACCUUGACCCCUUGUGGCAUCAGCUGGGAGCUAAGACGAAAUCUCUAGUGCAGGACCUUAAGAUAUUACGAACCCUGCUGCUCUACCUCACCCAAUAUGACUGUGUCACCUUCCUCAACCUGCUGGAAUCCCUGCGCUCCAGUCAGAAAAACUUUGGCAGUAAUUCAGGCUGGCUCUUCCUGGAUUCGAGCACAUCUAUGUUUGUGAAUGCCCGUAGCCGUGUGUACCGCAUUCCUGAGUCAAAAAAGAAGCUCAAAGUGGGAGAAGUGGACCAAAAACCAAGUUCAACUGCCCUGUUGAAAAAAGAGCUGGUGCUAGAAAAUAAUCCAAAGUGGGAGGCUCUGACAGAGGUUCUGCAGGAGAUUGAGAAGGAAAAUAGCAGCUCUGAGCAUGAACCAGGUAACGUGCUGAUCUGUGCCAGCGAUGACAGGACGUGUGCUCAGCUAAAGAACUACAUCCAGCAAGGUGCAGACUCUCUUCUCACCCGCCUUUACUCACGCACUAUUGGAAAACACGAGGCCGUACCAGUGCCUGAUAAACCUAAACAAGGUAGCGGCUGCCCCGGAAAAGAUGUGGCAAAGACGUCUAAAGACAAAAAGGCUCAACACAAAAAUACCAAACCACGCAGAAAGAAGCAGCGACCUUCACUGACUCUCACCCAGAUGGUGGGACAGGAGAAAGAAGCUGUGCUAGAACAGAUGGGCAGCAGCGGAGAUGAUGAAGAACAGGCUGAAAAUGUAAAGACAGAGGAAGAAAAAGUUUUCAAUCUCUCCUCAGAUUCUUACUAUGGUAUUCUUAAUGAACCAUUAACUGUCAUUCAUCCACUGAAAGGAUGCACUGACCCAUACAGUCUGACCCGAGUGUUGGAAGAGGUCAAGCCCAUGUUUGUGGUGCUGUACGAUGCUGAACUGAGCUUUGUGCGCCAGUUGGAGGUUUACAAAGCCAGCAGGCCAGGCGUACCUCUCAGGGUUUAUUUUCUCAUCUAUGGUGGCUCGACAGAGGAGCAGAGGUAUCUCACAGCUCUGAAUAAAGAGAAACAAGCAUUUGAACAUCUGAUAAGAGAAAAAGCCAGCAUGGUAGUGCCAGAAGAAAGAGAAGGCCGAGCAGAUACGAACCAGGACCUGACCCGAAGUCAGGAACCAGCUAAUGCUACUACCAACUCUCGCAAAGCAGGUGGACAGGAGGAAGUGAAAGAGCCGUCUUGUGUUAUUGUUGACAUGCGAGAGUUCCGCAGCGAGCUUCCUUCGUUGCUGCACCGGCGAGGACUAGACAUCGAACCUGUAACUCUGGAGGUGGGAGACUACAUCCUAACACCUGAAAUCUGUGUAGAGCGCAAGAGUGUAAGCGAUCUGAUCGGCUCACUGCAGAGCGGCCGCCUGUACACUCAGUGCCUCUCCAUGAGCCGCUUCUACCGUCGUCCUGUCCUGCUCAUUGAAUUCGACCCAGCCAAACCGUUCUCACUUGUGGCCCGUAGCGACAUGCGCCAAGAGAUCUCUGCCAAUGACAUCUCCUCAAAACUGACUCUCCUGACCCUCCAUUUUUCCCGGCUGAGGCUGCUCUGGUGCCCAUCACCCCACGCCACUGCUGAGCUUUUCGAGGAACUUAAGCGUGGUCGGAAGGAGCCAGAUGCUGCCACUGCCCAGGCCAUCACAGCCGAAUCGGACACUGUAGAGGAAUCCGUAGAUCUGUACAACCCCGGACCCUAUGACUUCCUGCUUCGUAUGCCUGGAGUAAACGUCAAAAAUGUCAGGGCGCUGAUUAAACACGCUGCCAGCGUGGCCGAUCUGCUCACCCAAAGCCAGGACACGCUGAAGGAAAUUCUGGGCAGUGCAAGUAAUGCAAAACAGCUCUAUGAAUUCCUGCACAAUACAAUGGACGUGGCUUCUGUUCAGAAAAACAGACAGACUUCAAAGUAGUAAACAAAGAUUAACAGACAAACUCAAAUGUGUGUGAUGCCUUCGAUAUGUGUUUUGAUUUAGAUUGAAAUAUGUAAAUUUAUAUAACAUGCAGUCCAUGAAUUUUGAAUGUUUUGUACAUCAGGGAUUUUGUAACGAGUGUGUGAGGUUUUUAAAAUUUUAGUCUACAUUAAAAUAAUAAAAUGUAUUGCUGAUAAUGUACAUCCUGGCC